GGGACAACUUCCUGUUUUACUUAAGGCAAAGGCAGCUUAACGGCAAUCAAGACGAUUUGCAACAGAGCUUGUAAAAUGUAUCUUUUACGCAGGUGGGGAGAAAAGGCAGGCGGUCCGUCGGCCGUUUCAACACAGAGUUUCCCAGCAGCCCGACCAGAGGCGGCCGGUGGGAGGAGGCAGAGACCCCGCAGGAGCAGCCUGAUCCGACGCAGCCUGUCCACUCUCCACAAGAGGAAGGACCCAUCAGCACUAACCGAUGUCUACGGAGUUUUCAGAAGGCCGAGACCUCGACAGACUGGAAGACGAGCCGCAGACGUCAGAAUCUCAGAUCAGACUGGUAAACGACGGGAUGGCGUCCAUACCGGAGUACUACGCCGGGAAGAGCGUUCUGAUCACGGGAGCCACCGGCUUCAUGGGGAAGGUGCUGGUGGAGAAGCUGCUGCGGAGCUGUCCUGACGUCAAAGCCCUCUACAUCCUGGUCAGACCCAAAGCUGGCCAGUCCAUGAAGCAGCGGGUCAGCGACAUGAUGAAGUGCAAGCUCUUUGACCGGGUGAGGGAGGAGAACCCCGACUUCCACCAGAAGAUCGUCCCGAUCAGCAGCGAGCUGACGCAGCCCGGCCUGUCCAUCAGCACCGCGGACGUGGAGCGGCUCACCACCUGCGUCAACAUCGUCUUCCACUGCGCCGCCACCAUCCGUUUCGACGAGCCGCUCAAGCACGCCCUGCAGCUGAACGUGAUCGCCACGCAGCAGCUCCUCAGCCUGGCGCAGCAGAUGCACCACCUAGAGGCCUUCAUUCACAUCUCCACCGCCUAUGCAAACUGCAACCGCAAGCACAUCGACGAGAUCAUCUACCCGCCGCCAGUCGCACCCAAGAAGCUCAUCGAGUCUGUCGAGUGGAUGGACGACGGCAUCGUGCGGGACAUCACGCCGCGGCUCAUCGGCGACCGGCCCAACACGUACACGUACACCAAAGCCCUGGCGGAGUGCGUGGUGCAGCAGGAGCAGGACAAGCUGAACAUUGGCAUCAUCAGACCCUCCAUAGUGGGAGCCAGCUGGCAGGAACCUUUCCCCGGUUGGAUCGACAACUUCAACGGGCCGAGCGGCGUCUUUAUCGCGGCGGGAAAGGGGAUCCUGCGCACCAUGAGGGCCAACAACGACGCCGUGGCCGACCUGAUCCCCGUCGACGUCGUCAUCAACCUGACCCUGGCCGCCGGCUGGUACACCGCCGUGCACAGGCCUAAAACGGCUCUGGUGUACAACUGCACAACCGGCAACAUCAACCCGUUCCACUGGGGGGAGAUCGAGCACCAUGUAAUGUCGUCCUUUAAGAGGAACCCGUUGGAGCAGGCGUUCCGCAGACCCAACGCCAACAUCACCUCCAACUACCUGAUCAACCAGUACUGGAUCCUGGUCAGCCACAAGAUCCCGGCCUUCAUCUACGACCUCUUCCUCCGGCUGUGUGGACAGAAGCCGCAGAUGAUGCGCAUCUUCAACCGGCUGCACAAGGCCAUCCACCUGCUGGAGUACUUCAGCAACCAGGACUGGGAGUGGAACUCGGAGAACAUGAGCAUGCUGAUGGGCCAGCUGACCCCCGAGGAUAGAAAGACAUUUAACUUUGACGUGCGUCAGCUGAACUGGCCCGAAUACAUCGAGAAUUACUGCAUCGGCACCAAGAAGUACGUCCUGAACGAAGACAUGUCCGACAUUCCUGCUGCCAGGCAGCAUCUCCGAAAGUUGAGGAACAUCCGGUACACCUUCAACACCCUGCUGGUGGUCUUCAUCUGGCGGGUCUUCAUCGCCCGCUCCCAGAUGGCCAGAAACAUCUGGUACUUUGUGGUCAGCCUCUGUUUCAAGUUCCUCUCCUACUUCCGUGCUUCCAGCACCUUAACCAACUGAGUCUUCCUCACAGCCUUGAGCUGGAGACAGGCAGCCUUCGCCUUCAGCUGUCGGCGGUAAAAAAACAAAAACUCAAAACCAAAAAAAGUCACCUUAAACUCAGACGUUCCAGACGUGGACAAACGGGGCUCUCUACACGGACGUCUGCGGCUGACAGAAGGAAAAUAACGAGGUCUAUUUGCUAAGUAGUUACUGGUUGAGUUGGAAACUUGACAUUCCCGGUCAGAAAAACCCUGUCCUGCAAAGAAAGUGUUGUCUUUUUAUUUUCUACCUAAUGUUUCCUUCAAAGUGGCCAAUUAUAUAUGCAACAAUACGCCUUCUGUGUGACUUCCCACUUCCUUCCCUGACCUCCUGCCUUGUGACAGCUCUGUUUUCCAUACUUGAAAUGCAUCAUUGCAGCAGAGGUGGACGAACUCUACGAAGUUCUUUUUAUUUCAUUUUGUUUUGUUCUCAAAUAUGUCUUGCAUUAUGUGCAUCUACUGCCUUUUUAAGAUGACAGUCCAGACGAUUUUCCCACACAUGACAUCAGAACGCUGAGACAAGCUGGGCUAGCUUCUGGCUAAUGUACGACCAGGAUGUCUGAGGGAGAACCUGAAUGCUCAUCUGCUUUGUUUGUACAGCUGUUUGUACUGAACUGGGUUUACUACUUUUACAUCUUUAUACUUGCACCAAAAAAGCAAGUCUGAUUGUGUGUUAGACCUCAGCAGUGUGGUUUAUAUAAAUAAUAGUACAUCAGAGUGGAGUUUAUUUAUAUAGCGUAGUACAAACUGUAGAUGGGUCUUUACAAUGGUCCUAAUCAGGGUUUUGAGAGGAUAACCUCCAAAAUUUUAAAAUAAAGUGCAGUGGAUCCCCAUUGUCCCCUUUAAAAACACUCAGCUACCGACUUUAACAGCUAAAAACACAAACUAUAUCUUGAUUUGCACUGAUAUACACGGUGGAAACUGUUUUAGCAUUACCGUAAAAGCUAACGUCUACAUUCUUCCAUAUCUCCGCUCUUGUCCAUUGGCGGCGCUGAUCGGAAAAACAAAAUGGCGACAUCUGAAGAGCGUCUCUUUGAUUAUUAAUGUUUUGCUUUACGAUACAGAAGCUCAGUGAAGGGAAGCUUCAAAAACUGGUGGUUGAAAUUUAGCAGAAAGAAGGCACUAUCUUUGUCCUGACUACAAACAGAAUGCUAGCUAACUAGCACAAGCUAGCACUGCGUUGUCUGGGUAAACCUUGCCAAGUUCCUGCUCGGCAAUCAUUCUAGGUAAAAAUAUUGAUUCAUCGAUGCUUUGCAGUUCAUUUUUCCAAUUAAAUCUAAUUUCGGAAAAGCCUUGGAAUCAGUUGGAUAUCUUGUUGCGCAACAGUGUCACUAAAUCAGCUCAGUGUCGUAUAAAACAGUUCUUCAUCUUGAGUUUAUUUCCAAAUAUUGGUGAGCCUUAAAUUGUACGUAUUAAUAACCUAAAUCAGCCAAUCACAAACUAAAUCAGCUGUUCAGAUGCUCAGAUGUUUCCCCCAAAUCAAAGCUCACCGCUGCUGUUCGUCUGAAGCUAAAAUGGCCGCUGUUCUAAAUUAACAGUUUGACGUCAUUUCUGUGGCAUCAGCACCAAUGAAAACUAUUGGCGCUCCUGUACUGGACACCAGCUGCACUCCGUCGAGGUAUUUUGGGUGCAUUUUCUUUCAGACAAAUUAGAUUUACUCUACGAGAAGAUUCACGUUCGGAAAAAAAAUCUACAAAAACCGAAUUGCGAACAAGCGGAGGUCCACUGCACUGGAGAUGAAUGAAGGAUUAUGGUGCAUCUAAAGCUAAAGAACUCAAAGCAGUUUAAAAAAAUAUUUGUCCAAUAACAAUCACAUAAUUUAUUGGGGUGUGGAGAGUGUUAAGUGAACGUUUCAGAAAGUGGUAACCAUUGGCAACAGUUGUGUUGCUAAAUACACUUUGAAGGAGUCCGAGUGCACAACCAUGAGGGACGCCACUUCUGACAGAAUGGAGAAUCGCUGCUAUUUAAGGGAGUAGACCCAUUUGUUUGCAGUGGUUGAUAUCUAGUUUUAUACGAAUAAAACUUUAGCUUACCAAAAACUUGUAUUUGCUGAAUCAUUGCUGUAUUCACAGGACCACAGAGCUUCCCUCCAACUACAAGAAGUAUUUAACGUGAAGUCUGAGGAGAACUGGGCGGGCGGUGUCCACUACUUUCAAACUGAAUGAGAUUUUAUGGGAGAAUAAGGGAAGAAACUAAGUGUUACUGCAAAACUCUGGAUUUGUUGUGUGUCUGCGUCGGUUCGUGCUCGGACUGCGAGAUGAAUCUGUUUUGUCAGGUUGUCCCCAAAGAGCUACAGGGCUAUCUUCAUGCUGUCAUCCAUGUUUGUCCGUUUGGUAACAGCACUGUCUUUGUUCACUCAAAAUGCGACGCAAAUGGCAACACAUAACCGAGAACAUCUUAUUCUCACUGGUGUCAUUUUUGCAAAUUGUUUGACCACUUGUGUUCCCCGCUCUAACCAGAUUCAGUCUGCUUGGCAAAACUGAAAUAAAGAGGAUAAAAAGCG